AUGCGACCACCGAUACAUCAUUGUCGGNUGCUGCAUCCUAUAGAUAAUCUCAACGCACAGAAACCAAUUAUCCGCACCGCGCCACCAUGCGACCACCGAUACAUCAUUGUCGGUGAUGUCCACGGCUGCCCCGAGCAGCUGGAGGAGUUGAUGUUAAAGGUGAACUACCAGCAGGGAAAGGACUGCUUGAUUCUAGCAGGUGAUUUAGUCAACAAGGGGCCUGAUUCUGUGGGGGCGGUGCGACUCGCGCAAAAACUCGGCGCCAUUGGUGUGCUGGGCAACCACGACUACACGCUGCUCAGCUGUAUCGUUCGCUGCCGCAAGGCGAAGCUCACGUUGCAGGAGGAGCGUGAUCCUGUGAUGCGACUUGCCACUUCCUUUCCCCAGGAGUGCCAGGAUUAUCUGCGCUCACUGCCGCACGUUCUGCGCAUCCCGAAGUACAACGUCGUGGUGGUGCACGCNGGUUUUAACCUCAAUAGCCCGAUUGAGAACCAGGAUGUGUUUGAGAUCAUGCACAUGCGACGGCUAGAGAAAGUAGGUGGCGACGACAGCAGCAGCGGUGACAACAACAACAACAACAACAACAAUAAGAAAGCCCGUGGCAAGCCCAAGUGGAAGGCGGUUGUGAAGGGUAACCGCGGAGAACCGUGGGGUGAGCAUUGGAAGGGACCGGAGUUUGUCGUCUUCGGCCACGACGCGCGCUCUGGGCUGCAGGAGCAUCCGUUUGCGUACGGUAUAGACACCGGCUGCGUUUACGGCCACCAGCUCACAUGCGUGGUGUACGGCCCCAACAGUCCGAAGGGGAUGCUGCACUCGGUGCCCGGCCUGCCGGUGCUCACCAACGAGAAGCACGGUCUCCCGCCCCCCGCGGCGCCGGUGUACGAGCAGUACGCGGAGGAGCUGGAGCGGCAGAUACUGCGGCCCACGCCACGGGCAACGCCGCCGAUGUGCGCAAACGGGUACAAGCCAUCAUUCCUCUCCGUCCCACCUGUAGGCUCACCGCUGUCUUCCAGCAGCGGCGGCGGCGGCGGCACCGCCAAGUGUGGUGCUAAGCCGUGCGCGGUGGAGCGGGCCACACUGUUGGCACUCAGCAAGGCAAAGGAACUGCGCGCAAUCAGCGCGCUGAUGAGCCUGCCGCUGUACGAGGCGGCCUGGCUGACGCUCCUCGACAGUGCCACGGAGGAGUGCACCACAAGCUUUUGGAUCCCGUUCGUGCAGGGAGUUGUGGAUGGGCUACUGGGGCAACCACCGGGGGCCGCGCCAGAAGGUCUUGAGGAUGUGCUGCAGCUUGUCCUCGAGGUGUGUGACGAGGUGGAGGAGGUGCGGAGCGGCGUCGCCGCACAAUUGCGGCGGCUGGCGGCUUGCGAGACGUCCGGCACCUUUUCCGUGUCAAAGGCGACGGCGAAGUUCCUGCACCUCAUGGCGUCGACGUAA